AGGAACGGAAUCCCUCGAUUGCUAGCCAGCCCAGUUGUUCCUCUCUCCCUUCGAUUUCUUCCCCUUUCUCGAUGGGGAUGCUGGGCAACUAGCAGUCGGUUCCCCAUGGUGAGCACCGAGGAGAUGAAGGAUCUGGGGGGCGCCGGUUCUCGCCCGCCGGAAUCUGGGGAGGAGUUGGUUGGCGACGGGCGCGGGAAGGACGAGCAGCCGCUGCUGAAGCCCGGCGGUGGCUCGCUCGAUCUGCAGGAGCUCGAGAAGAGGUACGCGCCUUACGUCCGUCACGACGUCUACGGGACCAUGGGGACGGGCGAGCUCCCUCUGCGAGAGAAGCUCCUCCUUCCCCUCGCUCUCGUCACCCUCGUGCCUCUCCGCCUUGUGCUCGGCAUCGCCAUCCUCGUCGUCUACUAUCUCAUUUGCCGGCUCUUUACCCUUUUCUCCACCCCGAAUCGGGAGGACGAGCAGGAGGACUACGCUCAUAUGAUCGGCUACAGGAGGGCCGUCGUCGUGCGGUCCGGCCGGUUCCUCUCCAGGGCGUUACUCUUCGUGAUGGGGUUCUAUUGGAUCAGCGAGGAUGUUGUUGAUCCCCGGGGUCCCUCGGACUGUGAUCGGAACGGUGAUGCUUCGGUCUCGAAGGCGCUGGCUGAGAACGACAGUAAAGAGCACUCUGAACGAGCGGGCGCCAUUGUCUCCAACCAUGUUUCAUAUCUUGAUAUUCUGUAUCACAUGUCAUCUUCCUUCCCGAGCUUCGUUGCGAAGAGAUCAGUGGCCAGACUUCCCUUAGUUGGCCUUAUAAGUAAAUGCCUUGGCUGUGUGUAUGUUCAGCGAGAGUCAAAAUCUUCAGAUUUUAAGGGUGUCUCAGGUGUUGUGACUGAAAGAAUCCAGGCUGCGUGGCAAGAUAGACAUGCUCCAGCAAUGUUACUUUUUCCAGAAGGAACAACCACAAACGGUGAUUAUCUUCUUCCAUUUAAAACGGGUGCUUUCUUGCCGAGGUGUCCAGUUCUGCCCGUCAUUGUACGAUACCCUUAUACAAGAUUCAGUCCAGCUUGGGAAAGCAUGUCUGGGGUGCGACAUGUGAUUUUGCUGCUGUGUCAAUUUGUAAAUUACAUUCAUGUGGUUCAUUUACCUAUCUACUACCCUACCGAGGAAGAGAAGAAUGAUCCAAAACUCUAUGCAGACAAUGUUCGAAGGUUCAUGGCUAAGGAGGGCAAUCUCAUUUUAUCAGAUAUUGGCCUUGCUGAGAAGAGAACAUAUCAUGCUGCCUUGCACGGUAAUAGCCUACCUAGUGUCUUACAUCAUCAGAAAGGGGAAUGAAAUGCAUGGCUGGUUGCGGGAAAACUUUCUAAGAGACUGCUGACCCAAUAGUCAAUGUUCUAAGAAAUCUGUCUGCCUAGAUUUCUAUUCGUACGUGUGAAUUCAUUGUCAACUGCGAGGAUUUUUCUUGUCAGUGUCAUUUCUCAGUACUGCACCCGGCCAUGUUCACGUGCUUUGUCUUGUACGCUCUUGUAGUUUGAAAUUGUCAAACAUGUAACCUUACUUACCUGAAGAGCACUUGGAUGUAUAUUAACCCAUCAUUCUCCCUUUUAGGAAACUAAGCAGUUACAACUUUGAGAA